CGGCUCCCUUUCCUUUCUCCCACCAUGAGUUCCGCCCUCACAGGUCUCCCCAACAGUCUCAACCUCCCGCCGCAUCUGUCCGCACACAAGUACUUCCUCGUGUGCACGUUGACCGUCGCUGCGUGGGACACGCUUGUCCUUUCCCCUCGAACAUGGCGGCUAAUGCGCACGGGAGAAUGGCCUAUCCUCAAGAUUCUCUUCCACUUCAUGCGCGUCUUCAUGCCAGUUGAAUUUGCUGUCGUCGCCGUAGCUUUCUUCGAUACCAAAUUGGCGCAAACCGUUCGUCGACCCGUGCAUUCCUCCCUUUUGGUGCUUACUACUCUGCAGACGUGCCAAAAAUUCUAUCUCUUCGAACCCAUUUGCACCGCGGUGUUGCUCGCUUGCACCUCUGCGGUCCAUGUAAUUCGCAUCCACGGUAUCUACGAGCGCAACCGGGGUGUUCUCGUGGGUAUGGGUGCCCUUUUCGCUGCACAGAUUGUCGUUACCGGAAUCUGUUGUGCCUUCUACCGAUCUGUCCCUCUCCUCGACGGACAAGGUUGUAUCGCUGGCCCCAAGCACAACUGGGUUGGCAUCUAUUGGGUGGUGCCUACCAUCUUGUACACCGCAUCGGCUGUUUUGGCUUUGAUGCGUUCCGUGAACUCGUUGCAGACAAAGCCGCUGAGCAGCUGGAAACUGAUGCUCCGUGAUGGACUGAAUUUGUAUGGGGCUGUGUGGCUGGUCAACAUGAUCAACAUGCUUUUCUGGUUUAUCGUUAAACCCACGAACGAUGCCGACCCGAUCAAGACCAUUGUCACAAGCAUGACUGCCGUCCUUACGACAUCGAUGACUCUGCGCAUCAUCCUCGGCAUCCGGGGCACCCUUGCCCAGGGCGGGUCGUUCGCCCUGAGCGCCACCUCUGCACCUUCGAAUUCAUCGCGUGCUACCCAUGUGUUGUCGAACGGCCACAGCACUGGCCCGCACACUUAUACUUUGGACGACAUGCGCGGGGGUAAAUCCGAAGGGCACGUCGGCUGGGGCGACUCCAAGGGUGGCGUUGUGAGCUCCCCCGGAGAAGACGACAAGGGCGUCGGAGAGUUCCCGAUCGAGGAGCGCUCGGGCAGCCCCAAUGGUGGUGUUGGUGUGAAAGUCACUAUCGACCGCGAGGUCGGAUACGACAGUCGCCCCUACGCCAAGUAAGCCAUCGAUAUCUACCCCGCCAUAUCUACCCGGAUAUAUGCACACUUCUACAUUGUCUGUCUGUUGUACACCUGCCCGUGUGAGCUGAUCUACUUGCUUGCUUUAUAAAUAUCUAUUGGGAUCGUCGUUCGAGAAGACUUGUGGGCACGCACUGUCAGCUGA